CGUCCGGGAAGGGCUUCGGCGCCCGGUAGGGUGCCCCGGGACUGUCCCCGCCUAGACCGCGUCUGAGCUUCCCCCCACCCCCGGCGCGACCCUUCAGCCCCGGCGCUCCGACCCGGGAGCGCCGCGAUCGCGCACUCGCCGCGCCCUAGCGGCCACAGGCGGAACGAGCACAGGGGGUGGAGAGUGGAAGGGUGCGCGGGCGGGAGGCACCCCCCUCGGGAGUCAGGGAAAUCCCGGCUGCCACCAGGGGCCGUGCCACCACCCUCGCCGGACCGAGGCUUCCGGCGCGCCCCCCAACUUUGUGGCGCCCUCACACAGCGGCGGCGGGGAUGGAGCUGCCUCCCCGAGGGCGGGCGCCGCCGGACUCGCCGCUGGACAGCUGCUCCCUGACCUCGCUGGACUCCAGCGUUUUCUGCAGCGAGGGUGAAGGGGAGCCCCUGGCGCUCGGGGACUGCUUCACGGUCAACGUGGGCGGCAGCCGCUUCGUGCUCUCGCAGCAGGCGCUGUCCUGCUUCCCGCACACGCGCCUUGGCAAGCUGGCGGUGGUGGUGGCCUCGUGCCGCCGCCCCGGGGCCCUGACCGCCGUGCCCAGCCCCCUGGAGUUCUGCGAUGAUGCCAACCCCGUGGACAACGAGUACUUCUUCGACCGCAGCUCGCAAGCAUUCCGCUACGUCUUGCACUACUACCGCACCGGCCGCCUGCACGUCAUGGAGCAGCUGUGCGCGCUCUCCUUCCUUCAGGAGAUCCAGUACUGGGGCAUCGACGAGCUCAGCAUCGACUCCUGCUGCAGGGACAGAUACUUCAGAAGAAAGGAGCUGAGUGAAACGUUAGACUUUAAGAAGGACACAGAAGACCAGGAAAGUCAACAUGAGAGUGAACAGGACUUCUCCCAAGGACCUUGUCCCACUGUCCGACAGAAGCUCUGGAACAUCCUGGAGAAACCUGGAUCUUCCACAGCUGCUCGAAUCUUUGGGGUCAUCUCCAUCAUCUUUGUGGUGGUGUCCAUCGUCAACAUGGCCCUGAUGUCAGCUGAAUUAAGCUGGCUGGACCUGCAGCUGCUGGAAAUCCUGGAGUACGUGUGUAUUAGCUGGUUCACCGGGGAGUUUGUCCUGCGCUUCCUGUGCGUGCGGGACAGGUGCCGCUUCCUGAGAAAGGUGCCGAACAUCAUAGACCUCCUAGCCAUCUUGCCCUUCUACAUCACUCUUCUGGUAGAGAGCCUGAGUGGGAGCCAGACGACACAGGAGCUGGAAAAUGUGGGGCGCAUUGUGCAGGUGUUGAGGCUGCUCAGGGCUCUACGCAUGCUAAAGCUGGGCAGACAUUCCACAGGAUUACGCUCCCUCGGGAUGACAAUCACCCAGUGUUACGAAGAAGUCGGCCUACUGCUCCUAUUUCUGUCUGUGGGAAUUUCUAUAUUUUCAACUGUGGAAUAUUUUGCUGAGCAAAGCAUUCCUGACACAACCUUCACAAGUGUCCCUUGUGCAUGGUGGUGGGCCACAACAUCCAUGACCACUGUGGGCUACGGGGACAUUAGACCAGACACCACCACGGGCAAAAUCGUGGCCUUCAUGUGUAUAUUAUCAGGAAUCCUUGUCUUGGCCUUGCCUAUCGCCAUUAUUAACGACCGCUUCUCCGCUUGCUACUUCACCUUAAAGCUGAAGGAAGCAGCCGUCAGACAGAGGGAAGCUCUGAAGAAACUCACCAAGAAUAUAGCCACUGAUUCCUAUAUCAGCGUUAACUUGAGGGAUGUCUAUGCCCGGAGCAUCAUGGAGAUGCUUCGGUUAAAAGGCAGAGAAAGGGCAAGUACUAGGAGCAGUGGGGGCGAUGAUUUCUGGUUUUGAAUUCACUUUCAAUUUAUGUACAAAAGCUUGUGUACAACUAAACCCAACUGAUAAAGUCUUGAUAUGGA